AUGGCCGAGUACGGGGUGAGAGUGUCCACGGGGGAGGCCAUCGGGGCUGGCACGUGGAACAGAAUAGCUGUCAGCAUCGUGGGGACCCUGGGGGAGACCCCCCCACUGCCCCUGGACCAUUUCGGCAAGGAGUUCAGCAAGGGCGCAGUGGAGGACUUCCGGGUGGCGUCGCCCCAGGACGUGGGCCGGGUGCUGCUGCUGCGAUUGCACAAGGGCCCCCUGCUGCUGCCCAGCCCGGUGGGGCCGCUGGCCCGGGACGCCUGGUUCUGCAACUGGCUCCAGCUCACGCCGCCGCAGGGCGCCCCCCUCCGCUUCCCCUGCUACCAGUGGAUGGGGGGCUCCGGGAUCCUGACGCGGCGCGAGGGCACAGGCAAGGUCUCCUGGGCAGACGAUCACCCCGUCCUCCAGCAGCAACGCAGAGAAGAGCUGCAGGCCAGGCAGGACUCCUACCAAUGGAAGACUUACCGCCCAGGCUGGCCUCGCUGCCUGGACGAGACGACCGUGAAAGACCUAGAUCUCAACAUCAAAUACUCUGUAACCAAGAAUGUCCACUUCUACCUGAAAGCUGGCUCUGGGUUUACAGAGAUGACACUCAAGGGGCUGCUGUACCGCAAGGGGCUCUGGAAAAGUCUGCACGAGAUGAAAAGGAUGUUCAACUUCCAUAAGUCCCCGGCCGCUGAGUACGUGUAUGAGCACUGGCAGGAGGACGCCUUCUUCGCCUCCCAGUUCCUAAACGGCCUCAACCCUGUCCUGAUCCGCCGCUGCCGCUCCCUCCCAGAGAACUUCCCCGUCACCGAUGACAUGGUGGCCCCCGUGUUGGGCCCCGGGGCCAGUCUGCAGGCUGAGCUGGAGAGGGGCUCCCUGUUCCUGGUGGAUCACGCCAUCCUCUCUGGCGUCCGCACCAACGUCAUCAACGGGAAGCCUCAGUUCUCCGCAGCCCCGAUGACGCUGUUGUACCAGACGCCCGGGGGAGGGCCUUUGCUGCCUCUCGCCAUCCAGCUCAGCCAGACCCCUGGACCCACCAGCCCCAUCUUCCUGCCCAGCGACAACAAGUGGGACUGGCUGCUGGCCAAGACGUGGGUGCGAAACUCGGAGUUCUCUGUGCACGAGGCCCUCACGCACCUGCUGCAAGCGCACCUGCUCUCUGAGGUUUUCACCAUGGCCACGCUGCGCCAGCUGCCCCGCUGCCACCCGCUCUUCAAGCUGUUGAUCCCACACACUCGCUACACCCUUCACAUCAACACUCUUGCCCGCGAGCUGCUCAUCGCCCCGGGCCAGGUGGUGGAAAGGUCCACAGGCAUCGGCCUCGGAGGCUUCUCUGAGCUGAUACAGAGGUGCAUGGAAGAGCUGAGCUAUACCGCCCUGUGCCUGCCCGAGGAUAUCCGGGCCCGAGGAGUGGAAGACAUCCCGGGCUACUACUACCGGGAUGAUGGGCUGCAGAUCUGGGGUGCGGUGGAGAGCUUUGUCUCCGAAAUAGUCAGCAUCUACUACCCGAGUGACGCAUCCGUGCGUGACGACAGUGAGCUCCAGGCCUGGGUGCGGGAGAUCUUCUCUGAGGGCUUCCUGGGCCGAGAGGACUCAGGGGUGCCCUCCUCGCUGGACACCCGGGAAUCCCUGGUGCACUAUGCCACCAUGGUGAUCUUCAACUGCUCUGCCAAGCACUAUGCUGUUAGUGCAGGGCAGUUUGACUCUUCCAUCUGGAUGCCCAACCUACCUCCCACCAUGCAGCUGCCCCCGCCCACCUCCAAAGGCCAGACAGAGCCAGAGGGGUUCAUAGCUACCCUCCCAGCGGUCAAUGCCACGUGUGAUAUCAUCGUCACCCUCUGGUUGCUGAGCAAGGAGCCUGGAGACCGACGGCCCCUGGGCACCUACCCGGAGGAGCACUUCAUCGAGGAGGCCCCCCGGCGGAGCAUCGCCGCCUUCCAGAGCCGCCUGGCCCAGAUCUCGAAGGAUAUCCAGAAACGGAACAAGGAGCUGGCCCUGCCCUACACCUACCUGGACCCUCCACUCAUCGAGAACAGCGUCUCCAUCUAAAUCCCCUGAAGAACAGGGCCCCGUGUGACAUCCCUGUGACCCCAUUGAUCUAACCGCCCCCCCCAGAUACCCAGGCCCCCUGUAUGCCUCUCCUGGGGCGACCAAACCACGUGUAACUCACCCCACACCCAAGAAAACAACAGAAACAAAACAGAGAAACAGCCCCUCCCCCUCCCUCCUCCCCCCAGAGAACAGGACCUCAUGGGACUCACCACCAUGCCUUUUGAAGACUCCAAACCUCAAAAUGCC